AUGACCUUCUCCUGCCCCUCCAACCUCUACGCCUCUGUCUUUGAGACCUCAAAGCAGUGUCGCGAGCGUAGCAAUAUCAAGGUUGAACGUGAUGCCAUCACUCGAUUCCUCACAAAUUUGACGCAAGAGUCCUGGUCCAAGCACUCGAUUGCCAAUGGCAUGUCUUUCCCACUCCGGUUCGAGUCGCUCGAGCAAGAGGUCAACAUCCUCUCCUUGAUCGAUAUCCUCAACACAGGCCAUGGCUUCCGCAAGGAGCUCCACGAGGAUUCUGACCGUGGCGCCUUUGAGACCAUCGUCUUUGGCGCCAUGUCCUUCCACAUCUCCAACACGCCAACCACGGCGGUGAGACUUUCGAAGCUGACUGCCUGGGAGGUCGGAUCUCAUUUCGGUAUUACGAUGCAAAAGGAUAUGCCGUCCGAACUCGAGCAUGUCACGCUCUCGAAGCCUUCGGUCGCCUCAAAGCUGGCGGGACAGAUCCAGGGUGUACUCAAUGAGACAGGAAGGAUCUUGCAGGAGAAGGGGUUCGAGACCCUGGGAGCGUUUGUCAUCGACGCCGCCAAGCGGGCUCAGGGAUCGGGGGAGAAGUUUGCAGAGAUUUUGAUCAACACUUUCCCAGCAUUUCAGGAUUACGCAGAGAUCGAUGGCCAGACAGUGUAUAUUUUCAAGAAGGCGUUGCUGUUGGCGUCAAGUCUGGAGCGUCGGUUCGCGGCUACGGAGAAGAUCUUUGCGUUCACGGACAUCAAGGACAGCCCAAUCUUUGCGGAUAAUGUGAUCCCGUCGUUGAUGGCACACCUGGGAAUCUUGAUCUUGCCCGACAACCUGAAGCAUGCGAUUGAAGAAGGCGGAGUUACCACGGUGGAGGAGUCGUAUCGACUGAGGGCAGCGGCCAUUGACGGGUGCCGCGAGAUUGUCGAGAUCGCGAAUAAUAGCAAGGAGAGCAAGGUUGGAAGCGUGAACUACGGAGAGAAGGGCAUGUUGAACGUUGAUCUGGACGUGUAUCUCUGGCGCGUCGCCAAGGAGCCACAGUACCGCAAGCUGCCUAGGUUCGCGUGCAAGGAUACCAUCUUUUUCUGA